AUGUGCGACGACAAUAAGCGAUUACAAAAGCCCACCAAUGGAUUGGGCUGCCGUCAGGUGCACAGCGGUCUUGCAACGUACGACGUUGGCAUUCCGUUGGAGGAGAGCAUGGACAUCAUCAAUCAACAGUGCCAAGAGAUUUACGAAUUGAGGACGCAACUGAACCUGGUGAUGAACGAAAGGGACAUGUUGCUCAGCGAAGUCGGCCGUCUCAAAUUUGAUAUGGAACUCUACGAUCAGCGCAUGAUGUCCCAUGACACCACCACCAGAGAAGACAAGUAUGACAAAAGCAAUAAUAGAAAUUUUUUGAACCAAUGUGAACAAUAUAGUCAUUGGACCGGCACAAUGUCCAAAAAUAACAUGGUUCAACCGGAACAAUUUCAUACAUCUGCCUCGUAUGAGUUAUCACAAGAUUUGAUUGAAAAGCAGAUUGAGUUACUAGAAAGAAAAUAUGGAGGUGACAGAGCCAGACAAGCUGCUCUAGUCAUUCAACGAGCAUUCAGACAUUAUAUGCUGGUCAAAAAAUUUGCUCAUAUCACAGCAAUGGCAAAAGCUGAAAAAAGACUUAGUAAACGAUUGGAAGAUACGCAAAGUUUACGAUCUCAUGAUAGCCAGCUGAGUAUAAGAUCAGGGUCAUUAAGAGAACGACGAUCGGGUUACUCACCAACCAAGUGUAAUUCUCUUCCACGUUCUAGAUCUGGGCGGUGCGAUUUAAAUUAUUAUUACAGCUUGGAAUCUUCAUGUUCCCACUUCUACUCACAUAAUUACUCCUAUAACGAUAUGAAAGACGAUAUCACUAGUCAAGUGGCACAUCAGAUGAUGCCUAACUUUUUAUGUGGAAACAGCCAUAACAAUGGUUCAGACACAUAUAGACAAGCACAUUCUGGUUCUGAUUGUAAUCAGUAUGGGAGUAGUAGCUCUUCAUCAUGUAUGUUUUCAGGGAGUUCAACUGGUUACCCAUCUAAUAUUUCCAAAAAUAAAGUUCCUCCCGAAGUUCCAAAACGAACUUCAUCAAUAUCGUUUCGCUCUUUACGGGAACAACAUCAAAACAUAGCAGCCGGUACACUGAACAAAAUGUCAGAUAGUGGUAGCUUAUCAAGUGUUCAAUCUUCAGGUAGCGAUGGUAGUCUUUCUAGUCAGUCACACAAUUUAAAUCAAACAAAUUCUUCAAUUGACUCUUCCUUGUUGUCAAAUUCUAUUGUGUCUUGGAAUAAAAAAUCACAGAUUUCUGAUGUGAUCAGAAAACGUCAAUAUCGUAUUGGUCUCAAUCUCUUUAAUAAGAAACCUUCAAAAGGUAUUAUUUACCUUGUACGCAAAGGAUUCUUGGAUAAUGCCCCCCAUGCAGUUGCAAGAUUUUUAAUAUCUCGGAAAGGCUUAAGCAAACAAAUGAUUGGCGAAUAUUUAGGAGAUUUACAAAAUUCAUUUAAUGCAGCUGCCUUGGAGUAUUUUGCUCAAGAAAUAGAUCUCUCUGGUAUGCAGGUGGAUGUUGCACUACGCAAGUUUCAAACUUUUUUCCGUAUGCCUGGUGAAGCACAAAAAAUUGAAAGAAUCAUCGAAGUUUUUAGCCAUAGAUAUUGCCACUGCAACAGAGAUGUUGUGGCUAGAUUGAGAAACUUGGACACAGUAUUUAUAUUAGCAUUUGCAAUCAUCAUGCUCAAUACUGAUUUGCAUACACCUAAUCUAAAGCCAGAACGUCGAAUGAAAAUGAAUGAUUUUAUCAAAAAUCUAAGAGGUAUUGAUGAUUGUUGUGAUAUUGAUCGAGAUAUGUUAGUUGGAAUUUAUGAACGAAUUAAAGCAAAUGAAUUCAAACCUGGAUCAGAUCAUGUUACUCAAGUUAUGAAGGUGCAGUCAACAGUAGUAGGCAAAAAGCCAAAUUUAGCGCUGCCACAUCGCCGGUUAGUGUGCUAUUGCAGACUGUAUGAAGUAGCUGAUAUAUAUAAAAAAGAACGACCUGGUGUUCAUCAACGAGAGGUAUUCCUCUUUAACGAUCUUCUAGUCAUUACCAAAAUACUUUCCAAAAAGAAAAAUUCAGUAACUUAUACCUUUCGUCAAAGUUAUCCAUUAAAUGGUCUAACUGUAUCUUUGUUUCAAAUGCCAUAUUAUCAAUUUGGUAUCAAGCUUACACAGCGUUUAGAUAGCCGUCUGUUAAUAACAUUCAAUGCUCGAAAUGAUCAUGAUCGUUGCAAAUUUGUAGAAGACAUUCGAGAAUCAAUAUGUGAGAUGGAUGAAAUGGAAAAUUUGAGAAUAGAGUCUGAACUUGAGCGUCACAGACAUGGUCAUAAUAACCGAUCAGUUAAUAGCAAUUCAGAAAAUCGAGAUAGUGGAGUUGCAGAUAUUGAUCUAGGUCCAUUGCCCUCUCCACCAGUGCGCAGUCCCAAACAACAUACGGACGAUUCAUUUGAAAACAGCCCGUCAUCACAGGCUCAGGCUACACCAAAACGGGCUGCAUUGACUGUUACUUGA